AGGCCUGGGUUUGCUUUACGGCAGCAGGGCUGCUUAGGCGAAGGGAAAGGCCAGUCGCUCAGUCUGGCCCGGACUCUCGAGGGCGGCGGACGAAGGGGUUUUGCUCCCUGCAGUUUCCACCUGGCGCCAUGGCUAGCACUUUGAUAGCUGUUGGUCUGACAAUAGCUGCUGCUGGAUAUGCAGGUCGUUAUGCACUGAAAGCAAUGAAGCAAAUGGAACCACAAGUAAAGCAAGCUCUUCAAUCCCUGCCCAAAGCUACCUUCAGUGGGUAUUACAGAGGAGGAUUUGAAGCCAAAAUGACGAAGCGUGAAGCUGCUUUAAUAUUAGGAGUGAGUCCUACAGCUAAUAAAGGAAAAAUUAGAGAAGCUCACAGGCGAAUCAUGCUACUGAAUCAUCCUGAUAAAGGUGGAUCUCCAUAUGUGGCAGCCAAAAUUAAUGAAGCUAAAGAUUUGCUGGAAGGUCAAGCUAAAAAGUGAAGACAGCCCCUGAGUCCAUGAUCAGUGACUUAAGAGUAUAUUGUUGAAAUAACCCAAACAUUAAUGAAAAGCGAAACUCUUGUCUACCAUGAGGAACUUCAAGUGUAGGUGAUUGGCUUCUUCUUUGCUUAUUUUCAGAAGCCUUAUCUGCAGUGUCUGGUAAAAGAAUGAAGGCAGCUAGAGACAUGCAAGCCAUCAGUAGUAUUCAGUCAGUUUCAAGUCAGAUGCUGGUCUCUGAAGUUCCUGCUGCUGCGUUGACAUCCAAGACCGGGUUAAGAAGACUGCUAUAAUGUGACAUUUUAAAAUAUUUUCUUUAGCAGGUAAAAAGGAAACAAUUGUAUGAAUUAUCAUGGAACGUCUAAAAUAGCCCAACAUGAUGCAUUCAGCUAUUCUACAACUAUUUUGGUUUCUGAGCAAUAAAACUGGUACAAUUUUACUUCAACUGUAGCUCAAAGUUACAGAAGCCUAACCAAAAUGA